UCACUAAAAGUAGAUCUAGGUCAAACUUUUUCCCCGUGUCUCCAACAAAUCACGUGCAUUUUAAGUUAUAAUUAGAUUCUAGAUCUAGAAUCUAAAUAUGGCUCCUCAUGUCUCGGAAGACAAUGAGUCGGGAGGACAGGUGAGUCACUGGCUUUGAUUUCGUUUUGAGAUGGGGCAGAAUUUUGUGUGACUGAUUAAGCCUUAUAUUCUGGAGUGGCAGAGUUUGACACAGUUCGUGCAUGUAUAGAUCUAUAUAUGUGUAGUGGAGUGGAUAUCUUAUCAGGAAACACCGGCCACCCCGAUAUCCACGUGACCCUUCCCCCUAAAUGGCACCUUGUGUCCGCGCAUGACAAGGCAGACCAACAUGGUCACUGUUGAUUCGACCGGCAUCUCCCGUAUGUUACUGGACCUACGUCGUCUCCACUCCCUGUUUGUGUCUGGUUCUACACCAUGUGUUUAUGUAUGGCUGCAGAUUGUUGAACCAAUCAUUCAUUGACAGUUGUUUAUAGUAAACAAAGGAACAAAAUAAAGACACAAUGUCCAGAUGCAUGAAUUGGAGAUUUAGUAACAAAAGAAAAAGAACCUCAUAUGCUGAACAUAAAACUUAAUGGUUUUUAUAUGCUCUCAAAACAUCAAAUCUUGCGAAACCAGAGUCCUAUCAAUGGUCUUUUUCCUUCUAUUGGAUCUGACAAGAAUACAAAUAGAAUAGCUCAUGUUCAGGAUUCUAUUUACUGUGCAGUUGCUGUUUGGUCACUGGCUCAAGUUUAUAAUCAGAUUUUCAUCAGAAUAGAUAGCAAUCCUUUGUUAGUCAAUGUCUCACUAAAGAUUGAUGAUGACCAGGGCAGUAUCAUUAGUUGGGCCAAGCUGAUGAUAGGUAUGUUGCAAUGUUGGAUAUUCAAGUUGGCCUCCUUCAGUCUUAGAGUGACUAUGGUUCAUCUCAAACACUUUUCCAUGUGCAAUGUUGGAUAUGACAGGCAGAUAAAGUAGAAAAGUUCAAAUCCAAUUAAGUCCAGCAUAUGCCCUGCACUCUACAUUGGAUCUUGUCACUGGUUACCCAGCAUACAGAGGCAAAGAAUAAGAACAUUUGCAAAUAAUAAAUGAACACCUUUGAUUUGGAUUCCUCAACUCAAGGAAACAUACCAAUACUAGAACAGUCUUAAAAAAACAGCAGUGAGGCCAACAACUAGUUAUUUCAGGUUGACAAGGGGUGGGAAUCUACUGGAAUGGUUGAACAAUAACAAUAUCACGCUAACCCCCACUCUAUACUUAUGCAGUCAUUAGUCAAAUCAUUGUUUUAUGAAUGUAGAGCCUUGACACUUUAAGCUGAUUCACAAAUAUGGAUGUAAGUCUCAAGAUUAUUUUUUUGUUUACAUAUCUAAAUAUUUCAUACACUAUGCAUGACACAGAUUUAGAAAAUAAAUAUAAUUAGCUUUAGGAACUAAAGAUCACUAAAAACAGCAGAAGACUGAUACAAAUGGCUCCCGGUCAUUUCAUUCACAGUCACUUCAUCGCAGUCAAUUCAUCUUCGGUCACUUCAUCCCCUGGUCAUUUCAUCUCCUGUUCAUUUCAUCCCCUGGUUAUUUCAUCCGCUAGUCAUUUCAUUCUCUU